GAAAAGAAAUGCUUUCGGAUGGGAAACACUUCGAGAGAAUCUACAGUGGUUUCAGAUUCAGACUUCAGGUCCUUCAUGCACACUGGUGAAAGUUUCACAAACACUCUUCAGCUCUUUGUUUCUCAUCUGCCAAGCUAUAAAAGCGCUCUAGAAAGACAGAUUACGGAGCUGCAGGAAGUGGCUGAUGGUGUGGAUAAGACGCACAAAGGCGUGAAGAUCGCUGGCAUCACCGGAGGAGCCACAGGAGCGGUGGGCGGCGCGGCGGCCGUGGCCGGGAUCCUCCUGUCCCCCGUGACUCUGGGAGCGUCUCUGGCCAUCACGGUGGUCGGGGUCGGGGUCGCGGCCGCUGGCGGGGUCACGGGGGCCUCGGCCGCCAUCACCAACAAAGUCAAGAAAAAUCAGGUCAGGAAGAAGGUGGAAACAAUCUUAAAGGAGUGCCAGAGUGAGAUGAAGGACGUUGAACGUUACUUGGAUAACAUCAGCACAGAGAUGGGAAAACUCCGAGAAUAUGAGCUGCUGACGCUGGAACGCGUGAAUGUGAAGUCCGCAAAGAUCGUGCGGCUCGUCAGGAUAGCAGGCGGAACAUCGACGGCGCGGAGCGUGAUGAGCCGGUCCUCGGGCGUGAUUCAUGGCUUUGCCGUCGGCAUGGAUCUUUACUUCACCGGACAAGAUUCAGAGAAACUCAAGAAAGAGUCAAAGACCAGAUUUGCCCAGCAGAUCCGCGAGGUGGCAGAGCAGAUCAGACCGGCCUUACAGAGCUGA